UUGUGCAUGUUGAAUUGCUGCUCAUAGAGCUUUCAGUGUUGUUCAGGGUGACUCAAAAGGGGUGCAGUCCAUCUGGGGGCAAAGGGACCAUAAAAAGGACCUUAGGUCUGCUUUUUGAUGAGUAAUUAAUGGACGUCUGAUAUCUCUGAUCUCUGCAACUAAAGGAGCUGAUGUCGUCAUGAAAAUCAUGAUAUAACUUUCCCUCAGGAGAAACUAUGACUUGGAACAACACCACUAUGGACGGGGAAGGGUUGCUGGUGGAAAGGGACUCUUCCUUUCGAAUCCUCACGGGCUGCUUCCUCUCAUUACUGAUCCUCUCCACGUUGCUGGGAAACACACUGGUGUGUGCAGCUGUCAUUAGGUUUCGCCACCUCAGGUCCAAGGUGACCAACUUCUUUGUCAUCUCCUUGGCUGUGUCAGAUCUCUUAGUGGCAGUGUUGGUCAUGCCUUGGAAAGCUGUGGCUGAGAUUGCUGGUUUCUGGCCUUUUGGUUCAUUUUGCAACAUCUGGGUGGCCUUUGAUAUUAUGUGCUCAACAGCCUCCAUCUUAAAUCUCUGCGUCAUUAGUGUGGACAGAUACUGGGCCAUCUCCAGCCCAUUUAGGUAUGAGAGGAAAAUGACCCCCAAGGCAGCCUUCAUCCUGAUCAGUGUGGCGUGGACUUUGUCUGUGUUGAUUUCCUUCAUCCCUGUGCAGCUGAACUGGCACAAGGCUACAACCACAAGUGUUUUGGACCUAAAUUCCAGCUUAGAAGAUGUAGGUAUGGACAACUGUGAUUCUAGCCUGAACAGGAUGUAUGCCAUCUCCUCUUCUCUAAUUAGCUUCUAUAUACCUGUGGCCAUCAUGAUAGUAACUUACACGAGGAUAUACCGGAUUGCUCAGAAGCAAAUACGACGCAUCUCAGCUUUGGAGAGAGCAGCAGUGCAUGCCAAAAACUGCCAUACCACGAGUGGCAACAGAAGCAGUAUGGACUGCCAUCAACCAGAGAGCAACUUCAAAAUGUCCUUCAAGAGGGAAACAAAGGUUUUAAAGACUUUGUCAGUGAUCAUGGGGGUGUUUGUGUGCUGCUGGUUGCCAUUUUUUGUAUUGAACUGCAUGAUUCCCUUCUGUGAGCCUACUGAACCAUCCAAGGGAGCAGAAGCCUUCUGCAUUAAUUCCACCACCUUUGAUGUUUUUAUUUGGUUUGGAUGGGCUAAUUCUUCCCUUAACCCCAUCAUUUAUGCCUUCAAUGCUGAUUUCCGCAAGGCAUUUUCGACCCUGCUGGGAUGCUACAGGCUCUGCCCUCUGUCUGGCAAUGCUAUAGAGACUGUUAGUAUUAACAAUAAUGGAGCAGUUGUUUUUUCGAGCCAACAUGAGCCCAAAGGGUCCAGCCCCAAAGAGUCUAAUCUGGUUUAUCUGAUUCCACAUGCAAUUAUCUGUCCGGAAGAAGAAUCUCUCAAAAAGGAAGAAGAGGGUGAACUAUCUAAGACCUUGGAGAAAAUGUCUCCAGCACUGUCGGGUAUCUUGGAUUACGAAGCUGAUGUUUCUUUGGAAAAGAUCAAUCCCAUUACACAAAAUGGGCAGCAUAAAACCUGAACAGUAAGGUUUACUCCGCAAGACCCAAUAGUGUA